GCACUGCUACUUACAAAGAUAAGUAAAUAUUGAUCGUUGUAAUUAGGUAAACGUGUAAGAGUAAAAUUAAUAAGAGUACUGCAAUCGGACAAUCGACGAAAGCGGAUCAAUGGAAUACGAAACUUCAGCUACAGCAACAGGGCUUAUGUGUUUUUAGCUGAAACUGUUUUGAGCGGACUGAUGUACGAACUUUCGUGUCACGUUUAGAGGAACUGAAUGCGUUGAGAAGCUACCCCAAGGCUAAGGACGGAUCUAUGAAUCCUGGAGAACAAGGCCAAGCUUCUGAUGGGCCAGAAGCAACAAGAAAGCUUGCUGUGAAGGCGCUUAUAGAGCGUUACUACUACCAGCUGACAGAUGGAUGUGGAAUGCCAAACUGCACAAAUGAAAACUGUGCAUCAAGCAGACGACUACAACCGCUUUCACCUAACGAAGCUGCAGCUCGUGCAAUACAACUGUUCAUAACGAAAGCACAACUGUGUGAAAGGAAGACAACAUCCAGUUCAUCCGGUGUGUCGAACCACGUUUUAAACCAUAGCCAAGGAGUAGGAGCUAUGCUUGACAAUGGUGAGCCCAAACCGAUGCAAGUGUCUGAGGCAACAUGCAGCUCCUCAGGUGGGGAAAACCGCAGAUCAAACCUGCUUUCUACGGAUCACACAGAAAAAGCCUCUAAGGUAACGAACGAAUGCCCAAUGGUGACAAAGGACUCCCUGAUGUGCCUAAUCGAAGAGUGUAGAAAAACCACCAACUACACUCCCCUGAUUCAUACGCUGGGUCAAGUGUACUCGCGGGAAGAUUGCCUCAAGCGGAGCUUCCCACGGCAGCAGAGCGUCACCAAGGAGGACCUGAGAGCCAUGGAAGUGGAUAUGGACAAGGAUGAAGACUGCCAGGAACUGCACAGUGCUGCGGCUGCCAUUGGUGGCACAGCAUCACCACCCUGCCCUAGGAGCAACACAUCACAAGAAAUUACUGUGGAUGUGGAUGCUGUGAGAGAAACGUACGGUGCUCUUUUCUCCAUUCCCGACCACCCAUUCUCGGAUGCCCUGGUCAAUGCUAUCUUGAUCUUGUGUGAGACACUGGAGAUUAGUCUGAAGUACCAUAAUUCCUACCAGAAUGACCCGUCCCUUCUAAACAUCUUUGUGGUCCUCAUGGAGCUCCCACUGCUGGAGGGGCCUUUUUGUGGGGGUGCCCUGCAGGCCAUCUGUAGGGCCUGUGAUCUCCUUCCAAUUGAAGCCCACUGUCGCUUGGCGCACCACUGGGCACGGCACUCCUCUCCACGUCACUUUCGUAACAUGGUGAACGCCCUUCACCAUGUCAUCACCACCCGGGUCAUUGAAGGUCACUUUGGCAGGGAGCUCGGCGUCAGUGAGGACUCCGUCAUAGUACUUGCUACCAAGAUGAUGAAAAUUCUGUUCAUGGCUAACAUGUUGGGUGGAGAUUUGGAGAAGACUGAGCUUUGUUCCGAAGACUCCGCUCGCAACAGACAAGAUACUGCGGGCAGAAAAGGCAUUGUGGAGGUUGUGCCAGCUGUUAAGGAGGACCCACUUUGUGAAAAGUUGGGAAUCAGAGUGAUUGACUGUCGAAAGCCCAUCAUCCCGUUUGAAGAGUUCUACAACGAACCCCUAAGUGAGCAGCUAGAGACAGAUCGAGGGUUUGCCCAUGGCAGAGCCAAAGAUGGUCCCUUCUCCUUCCUGAACCAUGCCUUUGUGCUGACACCAGCUGUGAAGGCCCUUGGGCUCUACUACGAUAACCGGAUACGAAUGUAUAAUGAACGAAGCCUGUCCAUGUUCCAAAUGCUGGUGGGGAAUCCUGCCAACCCGUAUCUCAGACUAAAUGUCAGGAGGGAUCACAUCAUUGAUGAUGCUCUCUAUAGGUUAGAGAUGUUAGCACUGGAAGAUCCCUCAAGUCUCAAGAAGCAGCUGGUUGUUGAAUUUGAAGGGGAGCAAGGCAUUGAUGAGGGUGGGGUCUCGAAAGAGUUUUUUCAGCUUGUUGUCGAAGAGGUUUUCAACCCAGAUUUUGCAAUGUUUACAUUAAACAACGAGACACAAACAUACUGGUUCAAUCCAACAUCCUUUGAGAGUGACGCCCAGUUCAAGCUGAUUGGGAUCAUCCUUGGAUUGGCUAUCUACAACAACAUCAUAUUGGACGUCCAUUUCCCAAUGGUGGUCUACUACAAGUUGCUGGGAAAACGAGGGACUUAUCGUGAUCUCUCCGAUUGGAAUCCUUCCCUAGCUCAGGGAUUAGACCAGCUACUGGCGUAUGAAGGUGACAACAUUGAAGACGUUUUCAUGCAGACGUUUCGGAUCACGUACCAGGACGUGUUUGGUUCUGUCCUCACGCAUGAUCUCAAGGAAGAUGGUGAUAAAAUACUAGUCAACCAGCAGAACAAAAGGGAAUUUGUAGAUGCUUAUGCUGACUUCCUCCUCAACAAGAGCAUUGAGAAACAAUUUUCUGCAUUCCGACGUGGCUUUCUGCUGGUUACAGACGAUUCUCCACUUCAGAUACUUUUUAGGCCUGAAGAGGUGGAGCUUCUUGUCUGUGGAAGCAAGAAUUUCGACUUCAAUGCUCUUGAGGAGUCAACAGAGUAUGAUGGAGGUUAUAUGGCUAGCACACCAAUAAUAAGGCAUUUCUGGGAACUGGUCCACGAAUUUAGCAUAGAACAGAAAAGAAAGCUACUACAAUUUGCAACUGGCAGUGACCGUGUACCCGUCGGUGGCCUAUCGAAGCUAAGACUUGUCAUUGCACGUCAUGGACCUGAUUCUGACAGGCUUCCAACGGCCCACACGUGCUUCAACGUUCUUCUGCUCCCUGAAUACUCUUCCAAAGAAAAGUUACAAGAGCGUCUGCUCAAGGCCAUUUGUUAUUCCAAAGGUUUCGGAAUGUUUUGAUGGGAGUCCCACGCCUAUAUUUCAUCAAGGAUGAGAGCCGUGCAUGACCAAACAUGAGCCUUUUUUUAUUUGAAUGAUUUUGUUUAAGCUUGACCAGCUUGUCGUCUGAAAGGCAGACAAGGCCGCAUAAGCUUUGCAGUUGUCUAGAGUAGUUAUAAUUCACGUGUGACUGUGACUGGACAGUGUUUUUUCAUAUUCCGAUGUACAGUUAUGUACCACUCCUUUUGCAGCUUGGAAACAGGAGAGUGGGUUGGUUGUGCUACAACUCAUUGUAGUUAUGUUGUAAUAAAAAAUGAACUCUGUUUUCCCA